CUCGGCGCGUGCAGCCUUGCAAACCGUGUCGCGGUCUCCGAGCUCCCCGCCUGCUGCCGCUCCUCGCUUCCUAGCGCUCAGCCCACCGGAGCCCGCCACCAUCCUCCCCACGACGUGCUGCCCGGCGCCCGCAGCCAUGUGCCGCACGCUGGCCGCCUUCCCCACCACCUGCCUGGAGAGAGCCAAAGAGUUCAAGACACGCCUGGGCAUCUUUCUCCACAAAUCAGAGGUGGGCUCUGAUACUGGGAGUGUUGGCAAGUUCGAGUGGGGCAGCAAACACAGCAAAGCCGGUAGAAAUUUUUCAGAAGAUGUGCUGGGGUGGAAAGAGUCGUUCGACCUGCUGCUGAGCAGUAAAAAUGGGGUGGCUGCCUUCCACGCUUUCCUGAAGACAGAGUUCAGCGAAGAGAACCUGGAGUUCUGGCUGGCCUGUGAGGAGUUCAAGAAGAUCCGAUCGGCCACCAAGCUGGCCUCCAGGGCUCAGCGGAUCUUUGAGGAGUUCAUUUGCAGCGAAGCCCCUAAAGAGGUGAACAUAGACCAUGAGACCCGGGAGCUGACGAGGAGCAACCUGCAGGCUGCCACAGCCGCGUGCUUCGACGUGGCUCAGGGGAAAACACGCACCCUAAUGGAGAAGGACUCCUACCCACGCUUCCUGAAGUCCCCUGCGUACCGGGACCUGGCUGCCCAAGCCUCGGCUGCCCCCGCCUCGCUGUCUGGCAGCAGCCUGGCUGAGCCCUCACACACCUGAGCCUCCGUGCGUGAGGAGGCCAGCGAGAAGAGAGGUCGAGUCACCCUUCCCUGAGGGGCCGCCCCCGUGUGGGAGGCAGGCUCCGCAAAGCACGUGCAAGAGGACA